UGACACUGAAUGUUUGAGGAAACGCUGAAUGGAUUGAAGGCUGCGGGAAGGCCGCUGCUGGUCCACCUGUGGCACAAAUAUGUGCUUGUGCCCAUCGGGACGCUGCUGAUGAUGCUGCUUUUGUAUGGCAUCAACGAGAUAAUCAAAAAGACGACGAUUAAUUUCCCAGCAUCGGUGUGCUUGAUGCUGCUUAUGUAUGGAGGGCUGAGUCUGAACUCGUGGCUUUUUGGCGAGCAUCGCACUGAUGUGUUUUUAAAAUUGGUGGAUAUUCCGUGUGGAUUCGCGCUUCGAUGGAUGAAUUUAUACUUCACGCCUCCCUUUGUGACGCUUGUUCUGUCAGAUAAGGUGAGCGUGGCGGAGGCUUUCACCAUCAUGGCGGUGUAUAUUGUGGGUUACAUUUUCACGUUUGGGUUCAUGGCCUAUUUUACGUGGGGGUUGCAACUUUUACUUGGCACGUACAAGCUUCACGUGAAACAGGACGAAAAGGACGAGGAGAGCCAAAUCCCAGAGUCGAACCAACAGGAUGAGGUGAACGACAAUGCUAGCAAGCAGUCUUCGACUUCUACAACGAAAGAGACUCCGUGGGAGGACAAAGUGCGGGACUUUGUGCUUGAAUGGAUCGACUUCUUCAUCUACGGUCUUCUAUUCAUUGCUGGCAUCCCCGUCUACUUUGUCACGGGCUACGAGAUGCCUGUGCAGCUAGCUACUGCAGUGUUGCUAUUCCGGGCGUGCUUGUUCAUCCCGGCCAAGCUUCGCCGCUUCCUGCAUCCGAUCUUGAUCAGUUUUGCUCUUUGUUUGCUGGUGUAUUACAUUCUUUCGCUGAUCAAAGGCCAAAAUUACUUUACUUGCAUAAGGCAUUACAAAACGGGACGGACCUACUUGACGCUCUUUGACAGUAAGACGUACCCAGAUUGGCCGGGAGCAGGCGACUUUCUGCUUUCGCUGAUGGACAUCUCCAUUGUGUCCCUUUCUCUGUCGAUGUACAAAUAUCGAGGCGAUUUGAAGCGGCAUUUUGCCUCGGUCCUCCCUCCAAUCAUCUUGUGCGCAUUUAUGUCAUUUUUCAUAUACCCCCCUGUGUGCUAUCGGUUGGGCAUCUCUCCGGCCCGGUCGCUGGGUUUUACGGGCCGGUCGGUGACGAUGGCUCUCGGCAUACCACUGGUGACUGCUUUGGAAGGAUCCACGCAGCUCAUGGCGGUGACCACGAUCAUCAGCGGAAUAUUGGGAGUGCUGGUGGGCGACUUUAUAGUGUUCAAAAUGUUCCGUGUGCGCAAGCACGACUUUGUGAGUCGCGGUGUGUCGUUUGGUUUGAAUUGUGGAGCCGUGUCGACGUACUACCUCACCGUGGAAGACCCGCCAGCAGGAGCGAUGAGCGCAUUGUCGUUUACCUUUUUCGGAACGCUGAUGGUCAUUCUGAGUGCCAUCGACCCCUUGGUUAGAACCGCGCAGAAGCUUGUUGGGUGGUGACUAUGACGUCUGCGGGGCACCCCCAAGCCCCCAUAGUGGAUUGUGAGGCGUCCCCGUCGGGGUGUACCAUUUGUGCGCUGCUAAUCUAUGUAAAUUUAGUCUGACCCGCGUCCGUUUCUCUAUUUAUUCCACACGCAUUUCUAUUGUUUGCGAGGGGGUGACGUGUAGUGGGGAAACACUACUCGAAUUCCGUAUAUUAUUCGAGCUUUCUUUUUCUGCACCGCUAAUUGGUCACGCACACCGGAUUCCCCAAUCUAUUGUUUCCCCAGAAUUUUACCUACGAUCGGCGGGGGUGCAGAUGACGCAUUUGAAAACGUCCAUGUCAAAUUAUAAAAGCUGACACGGCUCCUGCUGCGCCAGUACGCAUUUUCUCCAUGUCUUGCGAUCGGAAGAAUCCCUGGAACAUCAUCAAGAACCCAGUCAACGGCAGAACAAGAAUCUCCCAGGCCUGCGACAGAUGCCGCAGCCGCAAAAUUAAGUGCUCGGGCAAAUCCGAAGACUCCCCUCGCUGCACCAACUGCGAGCGUGACGGCUUCCAGUGCGUUGUCAGCGACAAGCUCACCAGAAACAGUUUCCCUAAAGGCUACACCAAAAACCUGGAAAAGAAGCUGUUGGAAGUCGAGCUUGACAGAAAUAAGCUGAUGCUCGAAUUGCGCGAACUCAAGAAAAAAAGCGGGGACGAACAGCUCACCGCAAAUAUGCACCCCUGCCGGGCAUCCCGGCCAGAGACCCCCUUGCUGGUUGAUGCCUCCGGCGCUCUUGUCAUAGACCAGAACCUUGUCUCGCCGCUGCAGAAGUACAUCGACCAGCUCCAGCUCAACAUUUUCAAUGGGUAUGAAAAACAGCCCUCCGCGGUUUCCGACUCGGAAUCCAAAAUGUUGGCCAACUACCACAUGAAUCUCAACCGGUAUUUGAACCUCGUGCUGUACAAGCUAAUUUUCCCGCUGCUGGCAGACAAGGCCGAGCGCAGUCUCGACCACCUCAUCUGGCUUUUUUUCAACGACCUCAACAAACUUAUUCCGGUGCUCGACUUUGAGCUUUUCUACAAUGACUACCUCUCCUUUAUCAACAAGUACACUCCCGAAAGCUCCACGUACAUUGAGAACGGCGACAAGAAGAAGAAAUACCACGAAUUUUUGCCAAAAGAACAGGACUUUCUCGUGAAGCUUAUCCUGGUGCUCAAGUUCGCCCUGCCCACGCCUCGCACCGUGGCCCAGUCGUCGAUUCUCAACAAGCAGUCGCUCAACCAGUUCGAGGAGGCCAUCAAGCUGAUCAACACGAAGAACCUCGCGUUCCUGUUCCGCAAUAUCAGCUUUGUUAUGGACCCUUCGCUAGACAAGUUCGAGGUGGCCCUGCUGAUGCUCUACUACCUGCUCAAAUUCGAAAACUACCACAUAAAAAAAGAUGAGCGCCCGCCUGUCUCUUUCCUCAGAGACACUCUCAACGUGUGCAUCUCACUGUGCCGCGUGCUCACGCUCAACAAAGACGUCGAGCACGUUUGCUUCACGCCAGAGCUGGCAGAGACACAGAAAAUCCACAGACUCAAACUUUACUGGAGUCUGCACUCUUUGACCCGGCUUUUCGAGGUCUACUUCAACUUCAAGCUCGAUCUGUUCGACCACCAGCCGCAGUCUCUGGAAACCGUGCGUUUGGCGGCCAAGGACCUGGAUAUCACCAUAAAAUUCGUCGACCUGCUGGAUCUGGUGCCGCACAAUUUUAUGGAGCUGGGCGAGCAGGAACUUCUCCAGUUUGACGCUCAACUUGAAGCCUGGAACACGCUCGACCAAAUGGCCACCAAGGAGAAUACGCUCGCCGUCAACAAGCUGAAAACUUAUUACAACUACUUCAAGCUCCACGUUUAUCUGAGAACAGAGAGUCCCGAUCUUGUUACGUUGUGCAACGAGGUGGUGCAGCUCGCCGGCGAGCUAGUGGAAAACGACCUCGAAAAACUCGCCCUCAACAGCUUCAACUUCCACCUCACCACUCUGCUGGCCCUCGUCAACGUGGCCAAGCUCGACAACCGCCCCGCCGAGUACACCUCGCUUUGUACACUAUACUCGCAACUGGUGUCUGAGAUACACUGUGACCCAGCAAUUAUCCAGCUUGUCAAACACAUCACCAACUCUACAGGCUCCGACGACCUAUACUCUUUCAACUACUACCUUGCACCUUCCUCGCUGUUCAGACGCAAGGACGCAGACCUCUUUGAUCUCUCUGCCUUCGAAACGCCCUCUGAGUAUCAUUCGUUUGCUCCGUCAACGGACCCUGACAUCGACAGGUCUUCCAAGCGUGCCAAGCGCACCACGUCGGGCUCGCCGCCGUCGCCGUCCUCCAGCGUCUUCUCGUCUGUGUCUAGGGCUUCUUCCAUCUCCUCCAACAGACUGUCUGUUAGCUCUGCCGAUGCUCCGUCCUGUCUGUUCCCGUCAGCGUCAGCUCCUCUGCAGAAAGACGACCUGCUCGCUAAAAAGGAGCGUAGUGCUCUCUAUGAGACGUUUAGCCAGUCGGUCACGGGCAAUCUCAACAACGGGCUGAGAAAGCUGCGUCAUGAGGGCCGCAGCCGGUCGAAAUCGGUUGUCGAGAAGUCCAAGAGCCACUACGAUUUCGUCAAGCCGGAGUCGUUGAUGCUGAACGACUUCAAGUUCGAGCUCAACGAGCAGCUCCUCGAAACAGAGCAGAUGGAUAUUGCCCCUACAGAUACCCUUGAGCAGUUUAGCAAUCUUGAGAGUAACCUUGAAAGCGUCGACGUGCUCAACAGCACAGACAGAAAAAGGUCUUCCUCGUUUAGGGACGACGACGACCUCACUAAGCUAAAGGAGAAAGUUCUCAACAUGAAGUAUGCAACCACAUAAUAUUCAAUGACGAUAUAUUCUAUCUGUUUUUCACCUCGCUUUAUAGCAUCACCAUCUCAUUCUUCUCGUCUCGAGAGCUUCUUUUUAUGUCCCAUUUGUUCUUGGCAAUGACAAUCUUGCGCAGUAGAAGAUGAACCAAGAACGAAAACGAGCCCACAAAACGGAAGAGUGCAAAUCCAAAAACGCUCCAUAGGAUCACUGCCAGGUACUUGUUGUUUUUGAUUGAGUCUGGCUGGUAAAUCUGCGUGAUGGUCAUCACCAAAACUACGUUGGCAAUUGUCCACAGGAGAACCACUCGCGAACGCACGUCUCUAUAGUAGUCCUCGGAACUGAUUUGUGGUUUCACAGCUCCACCGUCUCUCAUCUUAACAGGGGUCUUUCUUCUCUCCUUAAGCUGGUACAGAUUCUCUGUGUACAUCGAGUCGAUGUCUCUCUGGUCGCCCACAAUCUCCAGCUUGAUCACCUCUUGGCCCUCCUCAUUGGUGACAAUUGUGGCAGAUCCCAAACUCGAAACAGGCUGGUUUUCUCCCUUCGUACCCCACGUGACAUCGUGUGUGUUGCAGAAAGCGUAGAUCUGCAGCAGACAGGUGUAGGCCGGCAGCAGGAAGAAGUACUGGAUGGACGACGAGAUAAUGUGCCAUGGGUCCAAAUAAAGAAUCGACAUGAGCACGUACAGACCGUACGUGGACGCCAAACUGACGCAAAUGGAGGCAAAGCUGAGACCCCCUGCGCUUCCAGCCUUGUUUUCUUUCACCAUGAGCACCAUGAAGUAGAAUCCGGAAAUGAUCGCGUACGUGCCGCAAAUGGUGAGCAGGAUGACUGCUAUCAAAAACAGUUUUGGAGCUCCCUGCGGUCUGUUGCCCAUGGAGAUCACUAACAUGCCCAGUAGGGUGCAUAAACACAGAUAAUUCAUGAUUUCAAACAGCACCUUUCCACCAGUACCUGCAAGAUCGAUGAGAGAGCCAGCAAGAUAAUAAAAGGUCAGAUAGAAGUUGGAGAUCGAGAAGAAUGUGAACAAUAAUGUCAAGAACUGGUAGACGAAUUCAAUAUGCAAGAAAAGCUUUCUCAAAGUCGAGUGGUCGGUUUUCCAAAUUUGAAAGAAUUUAGCUUGCGAAUACACGGCAGCAAAGAAUGCACCGUUCAGCCAUCUUCUUCUUUGCGAGAUGAAUUCAGAGAGCGCCUCAGGAACAUCUGUUUCUCCCUGAGCACUCUUCACAUACUUGAGGACCCAUUUGGCGUCCUUUUUGGCAACAAGCUCCCACGCAAGAAUUCUGUCCUCUGCAAGAUACAUGUUGGCAGAGAAUAUUCCAGCGUCAGGAGCGCCAUCGGUGUUCUCUCCCUUGAAGUAGGCAUUUAGCGGGCCAGUGCCGUCUUCAUGAUUCUUCAAGGCGGCAUAUCUGUAGGCGGACAGUGCACCUGGCAAGACGGAGAUGUAGCCAAACACGGACUCGCAUGGUUUGUCGAGAAUGUUUGACAUUUUGUACUCAAAGUUCUGCGAAGCAACCAACGGAUUGGCCAGUUUUUUCCACAAUUUACCUUUCAUGGCAACAAUUUCUCCAGCUGCACCAGCGACGUUGGAAUCGUAGUCAAACGCCUUCCAAAGGUUAUAAACAGCGCUGUCACAAGGGCGGGUACCAACAUCAAGAAGAACACACACUUUGGGCUCCAAAAGAGGACAAAUUGCGUUGAACAGCCAUCUAUGGGAGUUAAUCUUUUUGGCAUUUUUUUCUUUCAAACAGAAAACCAAUUGCACAGGGCAAAUGCCUUUCUCGAUACCACUGAACUUCAGAUCCUCAUCAAUUGACAAUUGAGCAGUGUACUCAAAUAGAUGGGCCUGGACCUCUUUCUGGUUGACAAGAGAUUUGGCAAUUCCUUCUUGGUAGAUACCAAUUGCAGAGAGAACUUGCAAAACGCCGGGAGAGAUCUUGUUUCGUCCAUCGGCAACAAUCAUGACAACGACUUUCUUCCAGGAUUCCUUACCCCAGGUUCUACUAUUCUGUCUUCUGGAAAGAUAGGCAAUGUUUCGGAACACUGCGUGCAAAGUUCUUGUCAAAGAAACCUCGUCUUCGUUAUACAUUGUAAUGCAAACAACGAUCUCUGUCUCUCUUCCCAUGUCGCAUGUUCUCAAACUGAAGCCUUCCUCAGCAAACUCGUCUGGACCUGUAGUAACCGCUGAAUACUUCAUGUAGUCGAACUCAUCUUCUCCUUUGAUCGGCAGGAAGUUGUAAAGUGUGGACGGAAUUGGGUUAUCGAGCACCAGAUUACCAUUUUUCGACUUGAACGUCUUUUGAGUGGUUCUGUAGUUGUUUCUUCUUGGCUGAAAGUCCUUUGGAAGCUCGUCAAAAAGCUUCCCAUCAAGACUGGUGGUGAAAUUGUAUUCUUCAUCGAUAGUUUGGGAUCCGAGAGUAUCACGAUCAAAAAGAGAUGGAUUGGUAUCAUUCUUGGCAAGGUGGGCCAUUCCCAUGCUCAAAGUGGACUGGGAUGACUGGGAAGAUUCUCUGGAUGCGUCCAGCUUACUAACGGACGAUUUAAACGGACUGGCAUUAGCGGCUGUGUAGGCAGAGGCAGAAAAAAUCGGCCGUGGGGACUCUAGAGUUCGGUCACUGCGCAAAGACUUGGUAAAUUCAUCACUCUUAGCACUAAAUAUGUCGUCAUCAUCAUCGGAAUUAGUUCUCACAAAAGCUGGUUUGGAUCUGGUGGGAGACUCGCUCGUGGUGUAGGCUGCUCUCGGAGUGGCUCCCGUUUUCUCAGCUGCCAUAAUGAACCUGUUUGCCGUGCUAUUUCCAAAUAGCUCGGAAUCGCUCCUUUUGAACGAAAUUGCUGGCGAGUAUUUCAAAGCUGCCUUUGACGGAGAUUGCUUCCUCGGGGAUGAUAUCGGGGUAUAAACGCUUUCCGGCUUUUUUGGAGACUCCGGGAAGUCUUCAAAGGGGUUUUCAU